AUGGCAUUGGCUGCGUGUAUAUCUGGAUGGAAACAUUUGAAACAAGUAGUUGUUGUUGAUGGGACUCACCUCACUGGUAAGUAUAAGGGUUGUCUAUUAACGGCCAGUGGACAAGAUGCUAAUUACCAGGUAUUUCCAAUAGCGUUCGCCGUUGUUGAUGCAGAGUCUGACAAGACGUGGAGGUGGUUCUUUGAGAAGUUGUUAGAAAUAAUUUCAGAUUCCUCUGAUCUUACUAUUAUCUCAGGUAGGCACGGUGGAAUUGCCAAAGCUAAAAAGAAAUGGUAUCCACAGUCACACCACGGUGCAUGCCUUGUCCAUAUCCAGAGAAAUGUUCACGCUAAAUACAAAGGUUCCGGUCAGAAAGGGUUGGUGGGAAAGGCUGGAGAAGCGUUCACAGUUUUUAAUUUCAAGAAACUAUACGCAAGGCUGAAGGAUGUUUAUUAUGGUUGUUGGGAGUACAUGGAAAAAAACCCUCUUGCGCUGUGGACUAGAUCACACUUUUCUGGUCAGAGGUAUAAUCUGACCUCCAGUAACAUUGCAGAGUCUCUGAACAAUGCACUAUUAGCUCCCAGAGACAGUCCAAUUGUUGCAAUGCUAGAAUUUAUCAGGCGAAUGUUAAGUAGGUGGCUUGAAUGCAGAAGAGAGACCAUUCAAAAGAUGGAUGGUGACGUUACAGAAGAGGUUGACAAGUUAAUGAACCUGCAGCAGCAAAAAUCUGCUGCACUUUCGGUUCAAGGCAUUUCUUUGUGGGAGGUUGAAGUGAGUUAUGAGUUCGGUGUACGGAGGCUUGUUAAUCUCCUAAACAAAACAUGCUCAUGUCUAGAGUUUCAGACAUUGAAAUACCCUUGCUGA